AUGGCCACUACGCGCGUAACUGCCACGCGCGUCCAAAGUGCGCGAAAUGCCUCGGCGAUCACGCGACAGCCGACUGUUCGCGGGUCAAAGAGACCGCGACAGAACCACUGAGCUGUGCUCUGCCAAAAGCAGGGUCACACGGCCAACUACCGCGGAUGCCCCAAGGCCCCGCGGAAGCGCCUGGCCAACGCGCCCCCUAAAACCGUCGGCCCAAAGACUUCGGCGCCCCGCGCGCCGAAACCUUCAUUCGUGCCGGCACCGGUGCCCACCGUCUCCGCGUGGGCUAAACCGCUGCCGCUCACGUUGGCAGGAAAACCACCGGCACCCCAGUCCCUGCUCGCGCCCCGCCCCGCCCCCGCGCCCCCCCGGCCCGCGCGCCCCCCCACAAACGUCUUUUCGUUCGUGCGUGAGAUCGUUCGCGGAAGCCAUUCGUAG